UAUUUAUCAGAAACAGGGACGUGUGAUUUCUUAUCUAAUCGUGUGUACUUUUUAGUGAGAUUAAUAAAUGAGUGUUGUUCUAGAAAUAUAAAUACUUACUCAGUAACAAUUGAUAAAAUGGGAGAACCUCAUCCAGUACAAAUAGGUCCACCUGAAGCUUCAACAACGGUUACUGUAGAAGAAACUGUCACGGAGAAUGAUGAAGUUCCCACUCUGAAAUUAAGGUUGGUUAAACCAAAAAGUGAUAGAAAAGUGAAGUGGACAUCAGAAACUGUAGACAAUGAAGAUUUAAACAAAAAGAAAUCAAAAUGCUGUUGUAUUUACACAAAACCAAAAGUCUUUGGUGAGAGUAGUUCCAGUGAUUCUAGUGAUGAUGAAUGUGAUCAUUGUAAAGGACAUACAGAUAAAAAGAAGAAAAAAGUUCAUCAUCACUGUGACCCCAAUGCUGAGUCAUGUGAACUUCCAAGGGCAGCUGUAACUAGCAAUGCCGCCCAUGUAAAUGAUAAAGUUGAUUCUAGUGACAAUGUCAACCCAAAUCCGGACUCAAAUUUAAAUCAAUAAUUUUAGCGAUUAUAUUUAAUGCCUAUCUAAAAUAAUUGAUCAUAAUUUUAUAUGAAUGUGUAUAUUUAUGGUUAUACCUUUUUCAAUAAGCCCAAACGAUUGUGAUAGCUAAUGUAAUUUGGUCAUAUUUCAGACGUCCUAUGCCAUUUGAAGGUAUGGUAUAGGGCGUAUAAUAGGUAUGGUAUUAUCCAAUAACUUAACUGUAAUAAUGUUCUCUUAAAUGUCUAUUUCAAAAUACACUCAAUGUAUGAUUGUAUUCACAAUAAUCGCAUUAUGUAAAAAAGAUAAUUUCGUUAAAUUUCGAAAAAUGUAAAUAUUGAAAACAUGUUUUGUCACAAAAUUUUCAAAAAUUGAGAAGCCGUAGUUGUAAAUGAGUAUGUACUAAUUUUAUAGCAAUUAAAAGAUAUAAGUGACUGACCAAGUUGUAUUGUUUUGUAUUAAACAAAUGCAUUUUAUAUUGUCAAAAACCUUUUACAUUUAUUUACAUGGAAUAAAAUUGUAGUGUUUCCUUUGAUAAUAAAUAGUCUCACCACUGAA